AUGGCCAUGUCUUUUUGCUUGCUCCGCCGCCCUCUGGUCUCCACCUACACCUGCCGCUCGUGUCUUUGCCGGCUUUCACGCCCAUCACGACGUCCCAUCUCGUUUGAGUCGGCCAAGGACCAUAAACCUAACCCCGCCUUACCAACAUUUCCCGCACGGACGCGGUUUGCACCAUCGCCGACGGGUUAUCUGCACCUAGGCUCUUUGCGAACAGCACUCUUCAACUACCUCCUCGCCAAGAGGACAGGAGGCCAAUUCCUCCUGCGCAUUGAGGAUACAGACCAGAAACGGACGGUACACGACGCCGAGCAGCGACUCUUUGACGAUCUACGAUGGGCGGGACUGCAAUGGGAUGAAGGGCCAGAAGUCGGAGGUCCAUACGGGCCGUACAAGCAAUCCGAGCGAAGCGCAAUCUACAAAGAGCACGCGCAUACCUUGUUGGAAUCAGGAAAUGCAUACCGCUGUUUCUGCUCGACGGAGCGCUUGAAUGCCCUGGCCGAACACCGACACAAACUAGGCAUUGCGACAGACUACGACCGCACAUGCGCCGUCAUACCAAAGGAAGAAAGCGACGACCGCGCUUCAAAGGGUGAAUCGCACACGAUACGUCUCAAGGUUCCCGACCAGUAUCCAACCUACAAGGACCUCAUCUACGGCACCUUUCGCCCGCUCAAACGACGAGGACAUGUCACCGAAUCCGCCUACGAAGACCCCAUCCUACUCAAGUCGGAUGGCCUACCUACCUACCACCUCGCCAACGUCGUAGACGACCACCUCAUGAAGAUCACACAUGUAAUCCGUGGCAGCGAAUGGAUGCCCAGCACACCCAAGCACAUUGCCAUGUACCAAGCUUUCGGUUGGACACCCCCCGCCUUCGCCCACGUCGGCCUCCUCGUCGACGAAGCCGGCAACAAGCUCAGCAAGCGCAACUUCGACACGGACAUCACCGCCUUCCGCGAAAUGGAAAUCUUCCCCGAAACCCUCACCAACUUCGCCGCCUUACUCGGGUGGAGCCACCGCGAGAAAAAAGACGUCAUGGACCUGGCUACGCUCGUCAAGAACUUCUCCCUCAAAUUCACAAAGGGAAACACGACCGUCACGUUUGGUAAAAUGCAGUUCCUCCAGCGUAAACACGCGUUGCAACGCGCGGAAAAGGGCGGGGAAUACCUAGAGGAAAUGGUCAAUAAUGUCGCGUCUUUACUCACAUCCCCAGACUCCCCUUAUCAAGACUGGAAAGCCAUUGUCGGCUCCUCCUCCUCCCUAAACGACUACAUCCGCUCCAUCAUCACCGCCGACGCAGAAAACUACACAAACGCAAACGAAUUCCUCUACAGAAACUCGUUCCUCUUCACCCCUCUGCGCCCCUUUGACAAAACCCCGCCCAUGACAACAACCUCGGAUAUCCCCUUGCGCACGCAGAUACUGGGCCAAUUAAGCGAGGACGAGUGGAAUAGGGAAAGCAUCAUGGGCAAGAUUCAUGUCAUGAUUGAUCAGGGGCCGGAGGAGAAGAGACCGAAAGCAAAGGAUGUGUAUCAUUAUUUGCGCAAGAUGGUUACGGGGCAGGAUGAGGGGAUGCGGAUUUAUGAUGUCAUGUUGAUUUUGGGGAGGAGGGAGACGCUAGCUAGACUGGGGGUCGAGGUAUAG